GAAAAAUGGUGGUUAGGGUUUUAGCUUCAGUGGGUCUCUCUAAAUCUCACCCCUACAAGAGUCUUUUCUCCAAUGCUUUCUUCUUCGCGGCCUUCUUCUCCAAAUCCCCACUUCACAAGACCAGGGUUUUCGAUAGGCUGCAAGAUUGAUAAAAAUGCCCUAAUCCUUGUGGUUUUUGGGCUAGCUCUGAUGGAAUGAGUCUAACAUUUAUAGAAUUUUUCAAUAGUUGGACUGGGGAUUUUUUUCAAUGGAUGUAUAAAUCUUGUGAUGGGUCUUCUUCUUCCUGUCUCUCUGUCGAUGAAGAGGUCUUUGGCCGGGAACAAUCUGCUUCUGAGCAACUCUUUGGUAUAAACGUCUUUCCAUUUGUGGGGCAUCGAUGGAUUCAUUCAGACCCAUUUUUAAAAUUGGCUGACAAAGUUGUUGAACCACUGAAGCAGUCAGAAAAAAGCACAACUGCUGGCAGUGGUGGUGAUGCUAAAGUGAAGAGGAAAAAGCUCAAGGGCAAAAGAGCAGUUGUAAAGUGGCUGAAGUUCUUCAGGUGGAAGAAGAAGAAACAGUAUGAAAGAAUGACUGCAGAAGAAAAAGUUCUCUACAAAUUAAGGAAAGCUCAAAAGAAAGAGGAAAGACUUGUUGAAGCUCUGAAGAAGACUGAGCCUAAAGAGACAUCAGAGACAACCCAUGAUCCAGAGAUAUUGACACCCGAAGAGCACUUCUUCUUUCUGAAGAUGGGUCUCAAGUGCAAGAAUUAUGUGCCUGUUGGAAGACGGGGAAUCUACCAGGGUGUAAUUCUGAACAUGCAUCUGCAUUGGAAAAAACAUCAGACUCUGCAGGUGAUCGUCAAGACAUUUUCACCAGAGGAGGUCAAGGAGAUUGCUGCUGAGCUGGCAAGAUUGACCGGAGGAAUCGUGCUUGACAUUCAUGAAGAGAACACAAUUAUUAUGUACAGAGGGAAGAACUAUUCUCAGCCACCAACAGAGAUAAUGUCACCUCGGGUCACUCUCUCCAGGAAGAAGGCUUUGGAUAAAUCCAAAUAUAGGGAUGGCCUCCGAGCUGUUAGAAAAUAUAUUCCAAAACUUGAACAGGACCUUGAAUUGCUUCAAGAGCAGGCCAAAAAUAUGGCUGAAAAUAAAACUGAUGCUGGUAAAGAGAAUGAAGGAACUGAAAUUGGAAAUAUUUACUCUGGCCCUGGGAGCUGUUCAAACUUUCAAUUAAAGAAUUCUGAUAAGCUGAAAGAAAUCUUGGAUGGAGACAAGGAAUGCUCUGAGGAUGAUUCUAUUAUGGAUACAGGUAUGGCAUCAGAUUCUGAAGAUCUAUCAGAUAUUUUCGAAACUGAAUCUGACACAGAGACUGAGAAUAAGGUGGAACAACCUCUUUAUUUGGAUGAGUUUGAAAAAUUCCCAGUUGAAAGUGAUAAAGAACCUGAAGAUUUUGAGGAGCACCUUCGCCAAAUAUCUAUAGACUCAAGAAAAGCAAAAGCACUGGAGAAAAAUUCGGACUUACCAAAUUUUGAUGAGGUUGAUCAGAUAUUUUUGCGUGCUGCUUUGCUUUUGAAGAAAAAGAGACGAUAAUGUGCCUGGAUCUCUCAGACGUUCAUGCACACUUGCUAGAUUUCAUGGUGGCUUGGAAUUGAUUUUUAGAAAGUCAAUAGAACAUCUGCAAAGAACAAACCGUAGCUUAUCCUUGAAUUUGUCAAGCAAGGUCCUUAUGUCUUGGACAUCUGCUUCUCUCUUGGCAGCAUCUUGAAGGUUCAUUCCUCCCCUCAAGAGUAAGGUUCCCUGCAACGCAAUACCUUCAACUUACAUUGAUGGUGUGGAUUGGUUUUCUUUCCAAACGGGUAUCCGAAGAGCAGCAUACUCCGUGCGCUUACACUGUAACUUUUCUCAAGCAUUCCUCUUCCGGACUCAAUCCCGAGAUUCAUUUCUCUUCAUGUUGAACUCUGACAGGAAGUGUCUUCCACCCUUUUGAGUUUCCACCGAAGACGUCCCAGUCACUCUGUAAGUAGAAUCAUGGUUUUUGGUUCUGUAUACACUCCAGAAUGAAAGGAGUCACUUUGCAAAAGAUAUCUACCAAAUUGUUCUGCUCUUUCUGGCCCUUAAAGCCUGAUUUGGAUCGGCACAAAGGAAUGGAAUUUAAAGUAGGCAAUGUUGCAUGUACAAAAUGAAUGGGGAGUCUCUGGAUCACCUUCUUCUCCACUGCGAGGUCACACGCACGCUAUGGAACGCCAUCUUUAGUCGCUUCAGUCUGUCUUGGGUUAUGCCUUUUUGGGUGGUAGAUUUAUUCGCUUGCCGGUGGACGGGUGGUAGUUCUUGGAGUGCGGUCGUGUGGAAGAUGGUUCCUUGUCUUCUGUGGUAUGUAUGGAAGGAACGCAAUGACAGACAGUUCGAGGAUAAAGAAAGAAUCAUUGAGGAGCUCAUUUCAUUUUUCUUUCAUUUUUUGUACUCUUGGACGGCUGUGUUUCUAGCACCUUUAGUACUUAACUUUAAUGAUUUUCUUGUUUUGUUUUCU